CUCAUUGGAUUAUGAAUCGUUGACUUCCCAAACAAUCAAAAUCCAAUGAACUCCACGACCGACUCCGGCGGGUUCCUGGGGUCGGAGAGCAUCGGCGGGUUCGGGUACGGCAUCGGCGUGUCCGUCGGCAUCCUCCUCCUCAUCACCACCAUCACCCUCGCCUCCUAUUACUGCACCCGCAACACCAACACACAUACAUCCCUUCCCCGGGCCCAGCGCCACGACCCUGUGGCCAUGCCUGGGGAGGGCGGCCUCGACGAGGCCACCCUCACCGCAUACCCGAAGCUGCUCUACUCAAAGGUAAAGCAGCACAAGGACUCUAGUACGGCCGCCUGCUGCUCGAUCUGCCUCGCGAACUACAAGCCCACCGACAUGCUAAGGGCUCUCCCCGAGUGCGGCCAUUUCUUCCACCUCAGGUGCGUCGAUCCGUGGCUGCGCCUCCACCCCACCUGCCCCCUCUGCCGCACCUCCCCGCUGCCCACGCCGCUCGCGGAGGUGGUGCCGCUCGCUACUAGACCCGGUGGAUGAGUUCAAUUCAAUUUUUAACAUAUUAUAAUUAGUUAGUUAAUUACUACUAUUACUACUUCAAUUGUAGAUUUGCAUCACAUUUUUCGGUUUCAUAUAUACACGGUUUUU